CCGCUGCCUGCCUGCUCUCUUUGUUGUUACUCUGUGCACUUAUGAGAACAGGCGACACACUUUUGCGCCCCAUUAAGACUUAAUAAACCAGUAAGUUACCGGUAACUGCAGUCUGUCCCCGGAUACUCGCGUUACUUUAACGUAGCAAAGGAUCGCACACCGCGGAGCCCCAUGGAUUAAACGAUGUGGAUUUUAUAUGUAUCUUUUUUUUUACGCGCAGACAACAUGACUUUUUUCGCAUUAAGCCACAGAGGCCAUUCAGAAAAUGAGAGGAGGUGGAAAUGACACUGCUCGGGCGAGAAGACACAUAAAGACAGAAAAUUAGAAGCGAUAAGCCCUGUGGCAUUCGUUUUUUGAAAAGCAUUCUGGGAUAAUUAAAACCACAUUUGUAUGUCCGUUCCUGCAAGGAAGUCCCUGAUGCAUCUGCUCGUAGAAGACUGAGAGUGAGCUGACACUUGCCCCCUCUCAACAUGCUGGCUCUGAGACUGGAGCAGGGCAGGCGGGGGGUCGGCGAGGUCAAUCGCCGCCCAAAAGAGCCCUGGCAGGACCGGCAGUCGUCGAGGCCGCCUCCUCACGAGCCAGCCGUGAGCAUCAGGGACAAGAUCUCGCAGUGGGAGGGUCGCAGUCAGCAGGGCGGCAGCCCGGACGCCGGAGGGAAGGCACGCCGUCCGACUGUCACCCGAGCGCUGUCCGAAGAUAUUUUAAGUAACGGGUGUUCCAACCAGAUCUCAAAAGCAAAAACCUUGGGAUUGGAUUUUCGGGAAUCCCCAGCACAAAGUGGGCGCAGUGUGGCCACUCGGAAAUCAGAACAUCUGCAGAAAUGUCCCACUCAGUUCUCAGAAAAAAAAGUUCUCCCCACACACCAGUUUGCAUCUCCCAAAGUGGAGGGUAAGCAGAGCGUCACAGCCAACGGUGAGCUCAAGGUGGGCCGCAUCCUGGACGUUGAAGUUGUUUCUAAACCUCUGCCCUUGUCGACGGAUGACCAAGAAGAUGGCAUGCCGGCCGGGAACUUUUACACUUCGCGCGGUUUCUGGAGGAAGCUGGAGGGGGACCGGCUGCUCUGGGAGCGAGGCAGAGACUCGUCAGGUGAAACUGUUCCACCUCCCAAACCUCAGAGGACAUUCCAGUAUCAGGGAGCCAACAGCAGCAGCAGCAGCAGCACAGGGAGAUCCCUUCACACCAACCACUCCAACGGGAGGAGCAGGAGGACAGCACGGCCGCCCAACUUCCCUCCCCCGCCGUGUCCCGUCGCACCCACCGCAGGACUGUCCAGGCAUAAGAAGAACAGGAAGUCUUUCGAGUACGAGGACGCGGCACGUCUGACGGCACAGCGAGGCACGCUGCGAGACGAGGCCCGGCAGUCGGGCCUUUACCACGCCUACUCUGACGACAACAUUUACGAGGACAUUGUCUGUGAGGUGACCAGAGAUAACCCCUAUGAAGAUGUCAAGCGGACUCCCAUGUGUCUCCCCAUAGCAAGGCCUCCCGUCUCAAAGUUGUCUCCCAAAACCCAAACCAUGCACGGCUAUGUUGGAAAAGUGGAACAAAAGGCACUCCAGGCGUCCAAAUCUUCAACCAUCGCAAGCUCUCCCAAACCAGCCGCACCCCAACGUGCAAGCACUCAGAAAAUACACAGGAACCCUCAGUACGUCAACAAGAUUUUGACCAUCUUUGAUGACAAGCGUGGGAAGAAGAGGGUUAAGAACCAGGGAGUGUCCUUACGAGAAGAGGCCAGUGGGACGGAGAGCGACGCCGAGGACGGCAGUGAUGGCUCCAGGAGAUCGGUCUACAAGCAGUCCACGCUGAAGCGUCGGCCGGGCUACCGCACCCUGGAGAGGGAUCUGAUCCAGCUGCAGCAGCAGCAGCUUUUCCAGAUCUUCGUGGUGGUGUCGCUGAGAAAAGGCUCCUCGGGAAACACCUACUCUCCUGAAAUUACACAGCAGUUUCCCAAAAUGUUCGAGAAAUCGUCCCGGCUCUCCAGAGAAGCUGAAGAUCAGCUCAAAGUGAUUCCCAAGUUCUGUUUCCCCGACACACUGGACUGGAAGCCGUCCGCACACAUGCCGAGCGAGACCUUCUCCUUCGUCCUGACCGGAGAAGACGGCAGCCGCUGGUUCUGUUACUGCCGUAAGAUCCUGCCCAGUGGAAAGGGAAAGAGGCUUCCUGAGGUGCACUGUAUCGUCAGCAAGCUGGGCUGCUUCAACCUGUUUGCAAAGAUUCUGGAGGAGGUGGAGAGGAGGAGAGAAAUGUCCCCGGCGCUUGUCUACCCCUUCAUGCGGAGCGUGAUGGAAGCCCCUUUCCCAGCUCCCGGACGCACCGUCACCAUCAAGAACUUCCUCCCUGGCUCUGGGCAUGAGGUCCUGACUCUGUGUCGACCGGUGGACUCCAGGCUGGAGCACGUGGACUUUGACAGUCUGCUGCAGUGCCUCAGCGUGGCGAAGCUCCUGCAGGUCUUCGCCUCCCUUCUGCUUGAGAGGAGAGUCAUCUUCAUCGCUGACAAGCUCAGCGUGCUGUCCCGCUGCAGCCACGCCGUGCUGGCGCUGCUCUACCCUUUCACCUGGCAGCACACCUUCGUGCCCGUGCUGCCGGCCGGCAUGCUGGACAUCAGCUGCUCGCCCACGCCGUUCCUCAUCGGGGUGCUGGCGCCCUGCCUGAACGAGCUGCUGGAGCUGCCCAUCGAGGAGGUGCUCAUCGUGGAUCUGUGUGAAGACAAGUUUGUUGUUCAGCUUGGUGAUGAGGACUGCAUCCUGCCCAGCAAGCUGCAGGCCGCCCUGCAGCAGAUCCUGGAGGAGAGGGAGGAGAUCCUCCGACAGGACGCCGCAGACGCGUACGGAGGUCAGCCGGCCGACCUCAGCUCCCUGGUGUCGGAGGGUUUUGUGCGGUUCUUCGUGGAGCUGGUGGGCCACUACCCCCUCCACAUGGCGGAAGCCGCCAACGGCACCAAGGAGCUGCAGCGCGACAGCUUCCGCAAGUCCCACCCGUCGCGCGGCGUGCGCCUCUUCCUGCAGCUCUUCAUGGAGACCCAGAUGUUCGCCGGCUUCAUCCAGGACAAAGAGCUGCGCAAGGGCCGGGGGCGAGGCCUGUUCGAGGCCCGAGUGGCCGAGCAUCUGGACUCGUGCCCCGAGCCGGAGCCCAGCGGCGUGAACAGAUUCCUGAAAGGACUGGGGAACAAGAUGAAGCUCCUACAAAUUAAGUAGCGUCUUAUCUUGCUAAGUGAAAGACUUUGUAAUUAAAACCUGAAAACCUGUUGCUGCUGGAGUGGCUGGAGAAGCCAACGUGAAUGAGAAUCCUGAUGUGAACGGGACGCGAGGAGGGGCGGCGUGGUCCGAGCGGCGUGCAGCGGCGUGCACUGCUCGCUGGGCGGAAACUGGAAACCCGUUCAGAGUUCCUUUCUUCCCUGUCUUUAUCAAUCACAUGAUGUCUCUUUGAGGGAAACUUUCCAGUUCAGACUCUGAACCGGGUUUAAACCUGUUUACUCUUCUUACAUUUGGAUCCACAGAUGUAAAAAAAAAAAAAACCUGCCUCUUCCGUACAUCUACACGCCUCCUUUUUUUUUUUACACUCCCAUAUAAAUUCCAUGGGUUUUGCAUUCCCUUUUCAGCAAUUUCCUUUUUAAGCCGUUUCCACUUCUUUGCAUUUCAUAUUCAGAUUUUUUUUUUUAAACUCUGAUCAGAAUGUUUCAAAGGUUUUGCAGGUUAAACCUCAUUUUAAAAAAAGCCUGUUUAUAUGUUUACUCCUAACUUGUUUCCUGUUAACUGGAGUUGUAAAUAUCUUAAUUUCUUUUUUUUUUUUUUACAUUUUGCACAUGUUCAGAACUAAUGUACAGUAUUUAGAAUAUUUUUGUAUGAAAGCAUGACGUGUCCUGCACAUGUUCUGAAUAAAUGAGUUCUAAGGACGUUA